AUGCGAUACGUUAGCUGGUAUGAUCGCGCUUUACCACCAAUAGGAGAUAAUAGAGAUGCUGAAAAUAUUAUUUUGUGGUUGGCCAACUGUUCAGCCCAAAAUAAAAACUGGGCCUUCUUUAGUUUCUGCGUAUAUCUAGCAAAUUCUGCUGACGUCGCUUUAAACUCUCUAACUCUGAAACAAUAUGAACCGGGGCAUACGAUCAUGUCAGCCGAUUAUUUCCAUCACCAGGUAGAGAAGUCCUUGAAGCAAAUGAGAAAAGUAUAUGAUUUCGGAGAUUACAAAGAUGCCGUUCAAAAAGCGAACUCGACGAAAGUGAAAUUGAUUGAAAUGAAAAUUAACAAUUUUUUUAAUUGGGAAGACAAGAGUUCUCAAUAUAAAUUAAGCAGAAUAAAUCCUCUGUCAUAUUUAAGUGAUAUGGUGCAGGUUAAUUUUAAAUGA